GUUCCGAACGUACCUGCAUAUGGCGGACGCUCAGUUUGUGUUUAUGUCAAUAAGAAACUGAUUUUAACAUUUGCGCGGGUGUGGAUUUAUUAAUUUAUAAAUGGUUAUGUGCUAGUGAAAACUGUGAAUUGUGUGUUUUUUUCGUGAUAAUGUUUUUGGGUGCUGAACGCUUGGAUCAUUUCAUAUCUACGGUAUACAUAUAAGGACAUUUAGAUCCAGCACGGAGUUUCUUCAGGAUGAACUCCGUUACCACACCCGCGCAGCCCAGCGCCGGUAAGAUGCGAGAGCGGCGACGCGCGCUCCACCGCACCGCCGCUCUGUUGUUUGCCUGCCUCCUCUUCAUCUACCCUCAAGUUGACGCUAGUGACGACGAAACAGAAGAAACCGUGCCGACGACUGUGGAAGUGGAAACAGUGGCGCCACCUCCCGCCAUACCGCCUGUCAACGAUUCUGGAAAUAUUUAUAUACGUUAUUUAACACAUCCGCCUGAGAUAACGAUCCGGCCUCGCAACCUUCAAGUGCGCGCCAACGGCAUCGCCGCAUUCUACUGCGCCGCGCGAGGAGACCCCAUACCCAACAUACAGUGGCGGAAGAACGGGAAACGUGUGUCUAAUAUGCAGUCCCGCUAUCAAGUGUCCGGCAUGGACGCAGCUGCGGGCCCGGCGGCGAACGGCGCGGUACUUCGUAUCGAACCAGUGCGAGCGUUGCGCGACGAUGCUACGUACGAAUGUGUGGCCGAGAACGGAGUAGGGGACGCCGUGACUGCUGUGGCUACGCUCACUGUCUUUGAAACGGACAAGGUUCCUCCAGGAUUCCCCAACAUCGCGCCACCCCCUACUACGAUGGUGGUAGAAGUUGGCCACACUGCGACCCUUCCGUGCCAGGCCACUGGCAACCCCACGCCGAAAGUCAAGUGGUUGUUCAACUCUCUGCCACUAGAUGUCGCCUCCAAUCCCAGAUACGCGCUGCUCAAUGACAAGAUGCAUGGUACACUGCAAAUAGUGAAGAGUGAAGAGGACGAUCAGGGAAAGUACGAGUGCGUGGCUGAAAACUCAAUAGGAACUGAUUUCUCAAAACCUACGUCCUUGUAUGUAAAAGUGAGACGAGUGUCGCCGCAGUUCUCGAUCCCGCCGCCGCCGCGCACAGAGGUGAUGCUGGGCGGGAACCUCACCCUCAAGUGCGUCGCGUUCGGCUCGCCGAUGCCCACCGUCAAGUGGAGAAAGGGAUUAACAAAAUGGCUUACACCGGAAGACAACCCCCCACUAGGCCUUAACACCCUCAAACUGGAAGACAUCAGGGAAUCUGCCAACUACACUUGUGAAGCUGCCAGCGUUCUGGGUGUCAUCGAAUUUGUUUCUGAAGUCAAAGUACAGACAUUGCCUGGCCCACCGACUGAAGUACGAGCGUCAGAAAUUACGGCCACAACCGUACGACUUGCAUGGACAUACUCCGGCCCAGAGGAGCCUCAAUACUAUGUCAUCCAGUACAAGCCCAAAUAUGCCAACCAGGCCUUCAGCGAGAUCUCCGGUGUUAUAACCCAGUACUACUCUGUGACGAACCUGUCUCCGUACACUGAGUAUGAGAUGUACGUCAUUGCUGUCAAUAACAUCGGCCGAGGCCCACCUUCUGCUCCGGCUGUCAUCACGACUGGCGAGACAGUGGAUUCCUUGUAUGGAGGUACCAAGCCUGGAUCCGCCCCGAGGAAUGUCCAAGUGCGUCCACUAAGCUCCAGCACCAUGGUCAUACAGUGGGACGAGCCAGAGACACCAAACGGACAAGUCACAGGUUACAAGAUUUACUACACAACAGACCCAUCGCAACAACUACAAUCUUGGCACUCUCAGAUGAUGGACAACUCCCACCUGACGACGAUCAGCGAACUGACUCCUCACACAGUGUACACGAUACGAGUCCAAGCCUUCACCUCGGUUGGACCUGGACCUAUAUCGGCUCCGGUACAAGUCAAGACACAGCAAGGCGUGCCAUCUCAGCCUUCGAACCUAGUCGCAGUGGAGGCAGGCGAGACGUCCGUGACGUUAUCGUGGCGACGCCCCGCACACGCUGGUGACAACAUUGUCUCCUACGAGCUGUACUGGAAUGACACCUACGCCAAGGAGCACCACCGGAAGCGGAUCCCCAUAGCGGAGACAUACACUCUGAACGGGUUGUACCCCAACACGUUGUACUACAUCUGGCUGGCAGCGAGGUCACAACAGGGGGAGGGGGCCACGACACCCCCCAUCGCGGUCCGAACAAAACAAUAUGUUCCUGGAGCGCCCCCGAUGAAUGUAACUGCCGCGGCGAUUUCUCCCACUUCGAUUCGGGUGUCUUGGCAACCGCCGCCCGCUGAGCGAGCGAACGGGCGGAUCGCUUAUUACAAGCUGCUGUGUGUGGAGUCGGAGCGUGGCGACUCUGAGGCGACGGUGGUGAAACUGAACCAAACGUCGUUUAUCCUGGACGAGCUGCGGCGCUGGACCCAGUACCGAAUCUGGGUCCUCGCCGGGACUAGCGUGGGGGACGGCCCCGCCUCGUACCCCGUCACCGUCCGCACUCAUGAAGACGUGCCCGGGGAACCUCAAGACGUGAAGGUGAACGCAAUCAACUCCACAUCCAUCCAUGUCACGUGGAAGCAACCACAUGAAAAAGAGAAGAAUGGCAUCAUCCGAGGCUACCAUGUUCAUGUGCAAGAAAUCAGAGAAGAGGGCAAGAGUCUUCUAAACGACCCUAUGAGAUUCAACGUGAUGGACGAGACCACAUUGGAGCUGAACGUCUCUGGCCUACAGCCGGAUACCAAGUACAGCGUCCAGGUGGCUGCUCUGACGAGGAAGGGCGACGGAGACCGCAGUGCGCCGGUGUCUAUUAAGACCCCCGGCGGUGUGCCAAACAGGCCUACCGUUAACCUCAAGGUCUUAGAGCGAGAGCCGAUUGUCUCGAUUGAAAUAGAAUGGGCUAGACCGACCCAGACUUAUGGAGAUUUGUUAGGAUACCGAUUGAGAUAUGGCAUCAAAGACCAACUACUUGAUGAAGAGAAUUUCGGAACGAAGGUCACGUCACAUAAAAUUAAUGAUUUAGAAAGAGGAGUACAAUACGAGUUUAGGGUAGCCGGUAAAAAUCAUAUCGGUAUUGGACAGGAAACAAUUAAAUAUUGGCUAACACCUGAAGGUGCACCAAAGGGCCCACCCACUAAUGUCAGCUACCAUUUCCAAACACCAGAUAUUAUAAGCAUAACAUGGGAACCUCCAAUCAGGGCAGACCGAAGUGGCCAAAUUAAGAAAUAUGAUGUCCAAUUCUAUAAGAAAGGUGACCAGGCUUCGGCGAUUGAAAAGAAAACUGAAGGAAAUAAAGCAGUUUUUACUGGUUUAGAAGAAGACGCUCACUAUGUUUUUAAGGUUAGAGCUUACACUAUACAAGGAGUUGGGCCUUACAGCAAAGAAAUAACUGCCCACACAGAAAGAGAUAUUGGUAGAGCGCCUAUGUCAUUAAAAGCUGUCGCAACUUCAGAAUCCAGUGUUGAAGUCUGGUGGGAAACGUUUCGAUCGAGAAAGAAAAUUAUUGGCUAUGUUAUAUUUUAUACCAUGACGCCAGUAGAAGAUCUAGAUGAGUGGAAACAGAAAAGUGUUCAUGUAACGCAUUCAGCAGACCUGGAAAACUUAGAAAAAUUUGCGGAAUAUGCCGUCGCAGUGGCUGCCAGAACAGCAGAUGGUCUGGGUAGAUUAUCAGAAAAGGUUACUGUUAAAGUUAAACCAGAAGAAGUGCCUUUAAACUUGAGGGCUCAAGAUGUGUCCACGCAUUCCAUGACGUUAUCUUGGACAUCUCCAUUACGAUUAAAUCCCGUUAGCUAUAAGAUUUCUUACAACGCUAUCAAAGAGUUCGUCGAUUCGCUAGGUAUGACUCAAACUCAAGAGAUACCGAAAAGAGAGAUUAUAGUUAAGCAUGAUAGAACGUCGUAUUCCAUCAAUGAUUUGUCACCAUUUACCACGUACAACGUUAACGUAAGUGCGAUACCUAACGAUGACUCAUAUAGACCACCAACCAAGAUCACUGUUACCACUCAAAUGGCGGCACCGAAACCUAUGGUAAAACCAGAUUUCUAUGGCGUCAUUGAAAAUGAAAUUCUUGUUAUUCUACCUCAAGCUUCCGAAGAGUACGGGCCCAUUUCUCAUUAUUAUCUAGUUGUAGUACCUGAUGAUAAAGCACAUAAUCAUAAGAAUCCGGAUCAGUUCCUAACCGACGAUUUAAUUAAGAAUAAUGUCAGAACUGACGAUGAAAAUGCUCCUUAUAUAGCUGCCAAAUUCUUACAACGAAAUAUUUUAUAUACUUUCCACCUCGGAAAUGACGAAAUGUAUGAAGGUUUCCUAAACAGAAAAUUGAAUCCAAGUAAAAAAUAUCGGGUAUUCGUGCGUGCUGUAGUAGAUACGCCUCAGAAACAUCUUUACACGUCCAGUCCGUUUUCUGAAUAUUUAUCUCUAGAUAUGCGUGAAGCGCCACCUGGUGAGGAACCGAGCAGACCUGAUCCUAAAGAUAUCAAUGGAGAUCCAGAAAUUCGAAUUGAAGAAAACAAGAAAGAGGCUGGCAUGGUUUGGGUCAUUGGUCCGAUUAUAGCUGCCCUAAUGCUGUCGCUUUGUUUUGUUCUGUUAUUCAUAUUGAAGAGACGAAGACAACCUUGUAAAACACCAGAUCAGGCAGCAGUAACUCGGCCAUUGAUGUCAGCUGAUGUUGGAUUUGGGGCUCCAUCAGAUCCAGUAGAAAUGAGACGCCUAAAUUUCCAAACCCCUGCUAUGAUCUCUCAUCCACCAAUCCCUAUAUCUGAACUUGCUGACCAUAUCGAGAGAUUGAAAACUAAUGACAAUCUCAAGUUUUCUCAAGAAUAUGAAAGCAUUGAACCUGGUCAACAAUUCACAUGGGAUCAUUCAAAUAUGGAAGUAAAUAAGCCUAAAAACCGUUACGCUAAUGUGAUUGCAUACGACCACAGUCGCGUCAUUCUCCAGCCCAUCGAUGGAAUACUUGGAAGUGACUAUAUUAAUGCUAACUAUUGUGAUGGCUACCGUAAACAUAAUGCUUACGUUGCUACCCAGGGUCCUCUUCAAGAAACCUUUACUGAUUUCUGGCGAAUGUGCUGGGAACUCCGAACAUCUACAAUAGUCAUGAUGACUAAGCUGGAGGAGCGAACGAGGAUUAAGUGUGACCAGUACUGGCCCAGCCGGGGUAGCGAGACGUAUGGCAUGAUGACGGUGACCAUCGCCGAAGUUCAAGAACUAGCGACCUAUUGCAUCCGUACUUUCCAAGUUACGAGGAAUGGUGGAGCUGAGCGUAGGGAGAUUAAACAGCUUCAGUUCACCGCCUGGCCCGAUCAUGGUGUUCCAGACCAUCCUGCUCCCUUCCUGCAAUUCUUGCGUCGCGUACGAGCAUUGAAUCCUCCUGAUGCUGGCCCUCUCGUUGUUCAUUGUUCGGCUGGCGUUGGCAGGACUGGAUGCUUCAUCGUAAUCGACUCCAUGCUCGAAAGGGCUAGACAUGAACGCACUGUCGAUAUAUAUGGCCAUGUUACUUGUCUGAGAGCUCAGCGAAACUACAUGGUGCAAACUGAGGACCAAUACAUCUUCAUUCAUGACGCGCUACUCGAGGCUGUUGUGUGUGGUGAUACUGAAGUCCCCGCUCGUAACUUGCACGCUCAUAUUCAGAAGCUAAUGCGUGUCGAUUCUAUUGAAAAUAUCACUGGUAUGGAAUUGGAAUUUAAGAAACUGGCUAAUAUGAAAGCUGACUCGAGCCGUUUCGUUUCUGCUAGCUUGCCCUGCAACAAGCACAAGAACAGACUGGUACACAUCUUGCCGUACGAGUCGAGUCGCGUUUGCUUGACUCCUCGCGAUGGCUCUGAUUACAUCAAUGCUUCGUUUGUGGACGGAUACAGAUACCGAUCAGCAUACAUCGCAACUCAGGGACCACUUCCUGACACAACAGACGAUUUCUGGCGGAUGCUAUGGGAGCACAAUUCUACAAUCAUUGUUAUGCUCACCAAGCUAAAAGAAAUGGGCAGGGAAAAAUGCCAUCAAUACUGGCCUUCAGACCGAUCCGUACGCUAUCAAUGCUUCGUAGUAGACCCCAUCGCUGAAUACAAUAUGCCUCAGUAUAUCUUGAGGGAAUUCAAGGUGACAGACGCACGCGAUGGGGCUUCGAGGACGGUCCGCCAGUUCCAGUUCACGGACUGGCCCGAACAGGGAGUUCCGAAGAGUGGCGAAGGCUUCAUCGACUUCCUUGGACAGGUUCACAAGACCAAAGAACAGUUCGGACAAGACGGACCUAUCACUGUGCAUUGCAGCGCGGGGGUGGGUCGCACGGGGGUGUUCAUUACCCUCUCAACGGUACUUGAGCGCAUGCAAUACGAGGGCGUAGUGGACGUGUUCCAGACGGUCCGCACGCUGCGCACGCAGCGCCCCGCCAUGGUGCAGACCGAGGACCAGUACGACUUCUGCUACCGUGCUGCGCUGGAGUACCUGGGCUCCUUCGACCACUACGCUAACUGACGCUGAGACAUGCUCGUCUAACGGACUUGUCGCUUACGUACUUAAUCGCCCGUGUAGGUUCGCUGGUUUUACGAAAAAUGUGAUCAAAAUCAGGGCUCCCUUGAUCUUGUUUAUUGUUUUCAUUCCGACUAAUAAAAUGGUCAGUAACCGCUCUAUUGGCUACAUUGACAGCUUUGACUGUAAAUUAAUGAAAUGAAUUAGGUAACUUCUGUAACAACCACUACCAAUUCCACUAUUAAACUAUUGAAGUGCGGACUUAAAAACAUUGUUUUUACCCACGAUUAAACGUAUACUAAGUACUUAAAUAUUUUCGAUUCCUUAACAAGAAAUAUACUGUUACUUGUGAAUUCGUAAAAUGGACAAGAGCAUUUGUAUUUGUGAGUUGGAGUCCGAAAUAUCUUGAACACAUUUCUCGAAAGGCUUCCCUAAAACGUCAUCCACGAAAAACAACAAUAUUGUACGACAUAUUAUAACUUAGCUAGAAGUAUUUUAUUGUUUUUCUUGGAUGACUUGCGACGCUUGCUGUUAAGUAGUUGUCUCCACAGACUGACCGUUAGUUAACAUCAUUUUCACUUAUAUACUUAUGAGGCUAACAUGUAUGAGUGCCUAGGAACGCAACUUAUGAUGUAAAUUUACGAAAGUGACCACUUAAAACUUGAUUGUGAGUCUAAAGGGUAAUAAAUAUAUUAUUAAUUAUCCUACUACUUAUGAUAUGCCUGUUCUCGCUAUUUUUAACUGUAUGGAACAGAAUGAAGUCCAUAUGAACAGUUAAAGUAUACUUAGAUGUAUUUAAAAGAUGUAUUAAGAAUAUAACUACAGAGUUCGCAAAACUAUUUAACGAUCGGUGUAACGCGUUGGAAAUUAUAAUUUGCUAAAAGGUAAGUUAGUGAUUGAAACAGUGCGCUUAGAGAAUUAAAUAACUUUUACAUAUAUCCAAUUCUGAUCGUCACAUAUAUGCAAACAUAUUGUAUAAUGUAUAAAUAGUUAUUGCAGCUGUAAUUAGAAGUUUAUUUUUCAUAUCGGGUGUUAAAAUAUGUUAAGUAGUGUAUAUUGUGGUAACUCGAUUCUUGCAAUACAAUUAUUGAACUCUUUUUAGACGAAUCGGCUGUGUCAUGUGGAGUUAUAUGUAUGUCCUGUGCGUAGAUAUUUAUGUAAAUAGCUAUAUUUUCGACUGUGUAAUUUUAUUUUAUUCUUGCCUAUCAGCCAACUUUAGAUAACUGAUAACGAAUCGAUGAUUCUCGAUUGUUUUUUUAGAAUUAUGCUUUUAAUAAAAUCGCAGCUUGCUUUUAGUAAUGAUCGUGAUUAAUAAUGACAUAUCUGUAUGUAGGUAGAAAAUGUUAUUGUCAGUGUGUUAUUGUUUGGACCUGGUAUGAAGGACGGUCGAUCUUAAGCUAAAAAUGUGGAUUAAAGAAACUUAUUGGAUUCGUAAAGCGCAUACAUUUUAGAAUUAAAAACGAACAGUUCCAUGCAUUUUCAUUCGCUAUUUUGUUACUGUUUUUUUCAAAACGCGUAAGUAAGGACCCCGUAUGAUCGUAACUCGCGACUUCACUAUUUUAAGCUAUCUUUAAGUAUAGUACGUUGUUUAAUCUUUUACAGUAAUCCCCUUGCCUAGUAUAAGAUUUUUAGGUUUUUCACUCGUUUUAUACAAUAUACCUACUUGUAUCGAUUUAUCUACCUAUAAGUUAAAUUUGAGCUUGUAUGUAAUUUAGGGGAUAAAGUCAACUGCGCGUAGUUACAUUUUGAACAAUUCAAAAAUAACUCCUUUCUAUUGAAUGAUAAACCAUUACUAAUAUUACGUCUCGAUUUGGUCGCUUUUUGUGACCGAUCGUUAGAACUGCCAAUCGUUUCACUUAGUUAUAAUUAAAGUAAAUUAAACAAUAAUAUACGAGUACGUAGAAUUAAUGAGGUAAUUGUUAAAUUGAGGUUAUGCCUAGUGAAAUUUAAUACUCGUUGAAUCAUGUUGGCGGGAUACGAGACGUACGCGCUUGAGGAAUGGAGAGCUAGAUUUUUUAUGGCAGCUAAUAAGUAUUUAUUUUCAUUAAAGUCAACUACAAACUAAAAACCACAAAAGAAUAGAGUUUGAUUCUCAAAGCGGUACGAUCGCUGCGCUGUCAUUACAAUUUUUCAAAUUAUAAUAUAGAUUAGUUUUCCUAAAAGUUGAUGGUAGGCCUGCUGCUGACUUUAAAAUAAUUAACCUGUACUGUAGGUAAAAGGACACCAGUUGAUUGAUUUCAGUUUUUGAAAAUGUAUGUUGAUUUAUCCUGACAAAGAAUUUUAUUAAUGGUAAUAAUAUGGUAGGCAUUCUGAGUUUGUUGUAUUGUAAAUGACUUCUGUACUUUCCAUAUUCCGAGUUAUAGGCCUAAUGACUAUUCAGAUCUAGCAGAUUGGAAAAUUAACAGAGCGUCAACUCAUAUGCAUAACAUAACGUAAAUUGUUUAACAGCAUCAGUUUUUGUGCAGGUAAAUGAAUUUUUAUCACUUUAUUCUAUGCGGAUGUGAUAAAUAAUAAUUUUGUGUAAAUUCCUGUUAAUAAUGCAGCGUACGUGUAUAAUCAACGGUCAAUGAACUUUUUUGUAUUUUACAUUAUUUUGGUUCACUUUUUUUUCUUAUUAUUCUUCUUAGGUAAUGUCAUUUUUAUGAAUGAUUGAUUUCGGAAAUGAUUCCAUCCGUCUAAGUAAAUUGACGGAUCGUAAUGACAGCGCGGGCCACGGCCGCAGCGGUCGAAACGCUCUGUGAACCACCAAGUAAAGAAAAUAUAAAACUUAUAUCGUAUAAAUCGAACAUUACUUUGAUGUAAUCCGAGGAAUACGUAAAAACUUUGAAUAUAGGCUUUUCAUUUUCUCUUUUGUCAGCUAAACAGCUUUAUUAUAAUUCAUUCCAUGUUUUUAGGUUAUUAUAAUAUCUUCCAUUAUCCACACACGUUAUGUAUCCAUAACCGAUUACGCACAUAAGCAUUUUUGUAACAUAGCGUUGUGUUUUUAAUUCUGUCCUUGUAUAUUUUUUAUAAUAGCCAUAAUUGCAUUAGAAGCUACUUGUUAUGCCAUAUCACGGUGCUGUUUCAUUUUAGUACAAACAUCGUUUUUGCCAGUGCAUUUUUGUGUAGCACAAUAAUCCAUUUUUAAGAUCUAUUGUUAAUGUGUUUUUAAUGAUUCCGACUGUACAUGUGAACAAAUUAAUUAAUAUUGCGUUCUUAAAGACUGAAUUUGUGUAAUUUUCGUUUCGUUUGUGAAAAAUGUUUUGUGAUUAAUUAUUAUUUUAUGUUAUUGUAAGUACUUACGUAUUACUUAUUAUUAUGGGAGUUUCUAUACAAUUAAUUUUAAUUAUGUAUUUGUAUAACUUUUGUUCAGGUUAGAUAGUUUAUAUUUGAUUGUUUUUCAUUAAAUUAAAUUAACCUCGUGUAAAUUCAAACAUUUUUUUUGAGCACAAUAACGAAUAUUUUUUUCAAUGUUGCUAGUAAAUGGAAUAUACCCAAUGUGAUAUCUUUACUAUAUAAUAAAUACAGAACCGCAGCUAAACAAUCAAUCUAUAAAGCUAUCUAGCCUAAACACAGUUAUUCUGUCCAGUGAACCAAUUCCGUAUUGUAUCCUCUCGCCAUUCCGCGCAUAGCAUUUCCCUUGCUAAGAUGGACGUGACUGCACAUGAAAGACGUCCUAGCUUUAAAUUGUAAACAAUUAUUUUAGUGCAAUUGAAAAUGGCGGAAGCAAAGGAAAGGGGUGAAUGUAUUCUUAGAGGUUUGUAGACAUUAUUUUGUAAAAUACCCGCGCCGCGUCUCGGGACACAGCGGAUUCGCAGAAUUAUACAUAUGUAUAUGAAGAAAUAAAUUUAUGUGAGACCAUAA